AAAGGCCUAUAGGAUGAUGAGGGUUCCCUUUUUUCUUCAUAUAAAGAUAGAAGAGUGAGUCAUACUGUGUCAGGAAAGAAGGAAGGACUAAUGGAACAACCACAACUCACCCCAUUAGCUGUAACUCAUCUCCUUCAACACACCUUGAGAAGCUUGUGCGUUCAUGAAGACUCUCAAUGGGUUUAUGCUGUCUUUUGGAGGAUCUUGCCUAGAAAUUAUCCGCCACCCAAAUGGGAUAGCCAAGGAGGAGUUUAUGACAGGUCAAGAGGAAACAGGAGGAACUGGAUACUGGUUUGGGAAGAUGGGUUUUGCAAUUUUUCAGCCUCAACAGCAGAGAUCGCAGCCGGGGAUUGUCCCGGCUCGUCGGUGUAUGGAAACUGUGAAUAUCAGCACUACCAAGGUCUCCAACCAGAACUCUUCUUCAAGAUGUCCCAUGAAAUCUACAACUAUGGUGAAGGAUUGAUUGGAAAAGUAGCAGCAGAUCAUAGUCACAAGUGGAUAUUCAAGGAACCAAAUGAUCAAGAGAUCAACUUCUUGUCUUCUUGGCAAAACUCAGCUGACUCGCAACCUAGGACUUGGGAGGCCCAGUUCCAGUCUGGUAUCAAGACUAUAGCCCUGAUUGCAGUAAGAGAAGGCGUUGUUCAGUUAGGAUCUGUUCACAAGGUGAUUGAGGACCUGAGCCAUGUAGUGUUACUAAGGAAGAAGUUCAGCUACAUUGAAAGCAUCCCUGGUGUCCUCUUGCCACAUCCAUCAUCGUCGUCGUCGUCCUCACCACCACCACCACCAUCAACAUACCCCUUCAAUGCUGCAGCACCAGAACUGGCAUGGCACUUCCAAGGCCAUCUUGCACCUCCUCCAAUCGAAUUCUACGACCAUUUCAACCACCAACCCAUGAUGAGAAUAACUCCCUCCAUGAGCAGCCUUGAAGCCCUCCUCUCCAAACUCCCCUCCGUCGUGCCGCCAUCUCCGCCAGCAGGGUCCACCUACUGUGAGGCUCAGCCACCACAUUAUUUGUCACCCAACAGGAAUAUGGAGCUGAUGGGGAUGGAGAAAGUGGUGGCAAAGGAAGAGAUUGAUGAGGCACAGAAGCAAGAAAAGGAUGUGGGUGAGAGUAGCAGUUCCAUGUCAUCUUAUCCACGUCAUCAAUUGCAUUUUAGUAAUUAUCAUCAUGAUCUGAAUGUAACUAGCAACAGACCCAACAAUGAAUUUUGAAAGGGUGAUUACUAAAGUACUAGGUUACAUAUAGGAAUCAUGGGUUGAUUUCUAACAAUGUAGCUCUUUAGCAAGUCUUGUUAGUUGUUUUUACUUCUCAACUUUCAUGAGCUUAUGAAGACUAGCUUAGUAUACAUAUUCUGAAAAUACUCGUGAUCUUGAUUUCUUGCCAUGUAACCUCAUUUGAUGUUUCUUCUCAAAGUUGUGAAUGUGCCCAUUUGACAA